AUGGCGCCACGCAAAACGACCGAGAAGGAGGCGAAAGCGACCAGCGCUGAGGGCUCAGAUAUGAUCCUACACUACCUGCGCAAAACGAACAGGCCAUACUCUGCUAUCGAUAUUUCAGCCAACCUGCACAACAAAGUCACAAAGGCUGCCGCCGCGAAGCUCCUGAAAGAUUUGCACGAGCAGAAGCUGAUCGAGGGUCGUCCAGCUGGCAAGCAGAUCGUGUAUCAUGCUCUGCAGAGCCCCGACGAUGCCGUCUCCCCUGAACAAUUAGCCGACUACGACACCCGUAUCACUUCCCUGCAAACGCAAACCACCGACCUCCAAGCCCUCACCAAAACGCUCCGCAGCACUCUCGCCUCGCUAAACAGCACCCUCAGCACCGCAGACAUGCUAUCCAACAUCUCCUCACUCGAGCACGAGAAGUCCGAGAUCGUGACGAGGCUGGAGAGCCUGAGGGCCGGGCAUGCGAAGAAGGUGACGGCCGAGGAGAGGGCGAAGGUCGAGAAGGAGUGGAAGAUGAUGAAAGGGGUGAUGGGACGGAGGGAGAAGAUUGCAAGGGAGUUCUGGGCGAUGGUGCAGGAGGGUACGGAGGGGAGUGAGGCGUUGGAAGAGUUGAGGGAGGGGUGGGGUAUGGAUGAUUAG